CUGCAGGCGCGGCCCCCAAACAGCACUGACUAAGCAAAAUGCCCGCCGGAGUAUCCUGGGGCCAGUACAUGAAGUUCCUUGGCUGCGCCUUGGCAGCCAUGAUGGCCGGAUCGCAGGCCGUGCACCUGUACUAUCGACCUCUGGAGGAUCUGCCCGCCUACAUCGAACGGGAGCAGCACAGCACACAGGUGGAUCCCACAGCCAAGCCACCGGACUCUGCCUGAAGCCAUGUAAUUGACAAUUUACUGGUCAUUAAAGCUAAUUAAGUUUA